UACCAGCAGCCUUAUUCUGAACAUAUGGGAUGCUUCCCUGGAUGCCUGUUCAUUUCCUGGAGUGAAACUCAGACACACCAGUUCACUGCUGCCCCUAAGUGUGUGAAAACUUUUUUUCCUUCUCCCUCCUUUUCUUUUCCCUCCUUCCUUGUGUUGAUUUGUGGGACCAGAAUGACUUUGAUUUCAGCAAGUUUGCUGUUUAUUCACGUCACAAGUUUGACAGCUUUACACCAAAUCAGAUUGCUGGGUUUCAGGAGAGCUCUGAGGCGUCACUGGGAGCUCCUUUAGAUUAAACUCGCCUCCCCGGUCUCCCCCCUCUCCCCCUCCUUCAGAGCCAUUUAAACCUCUCUGGGGCUUUAACAGAAACGUGCUCCCAAGACCUGCAUUUCAUUCUGCCACUAAUAUGAGCGCCGGCCGGCCGUGCCCGGAGCCGGACUUCGCCGGGGGCUCGGGCUGCGCCUGCCCCUGGUCCGCCCCCGCCGGGGUUUCCAAGGAGACCUGGGCCGCCGUCUGCGCCGCGGAGCCGCCGCACAGCCAGGGCCGGCGGGAGGCUCGGCCGCCGGGCCAGUUCUGCAGCCCGCAGCUCGGUGCCCAGGACGCGGCGUGGCAGGGAGACCAACUGUCCUCCCAGCUCUACAGAAACAAGCAGCUUCAAGAUACUUUGCUUCAGAAGGAAGAGGAACUCGCUAGGUUACAUGAAGAAAAUAAUAACCUCCGACAAUACCUGAAUUCUGCCCUGAUUAAGUGUUUAGAAGAAAAAGCCAAGAAACUACUGUCUGGUCAUGGGCAAAAAAACUGUGCUAUCCUCAAAAGUACCAAGAGGAGAUUAAAAGAGGACCACUGCUUUGUUCCUCAAGAAACUCCUCAUGCUUCCAAAGCUAGAAGGAACCUCUUCAAUGAAUUCACUGCCUGUGAAGAGCAAGCCAGCCCUGCUGUGGACAGCUGGGUCUUGCAGACCUUAGGAUUAAAAGAUGUGAACACCAUUGAUGAAGCUUCAGCUAACUACAGUGCCCUGUCCCCAGACCUUGGAGAAGACACGUACUGCCUGAGCCCUGGGGGAGCAGUAGACUAUGAGCAGAGGGAAGGAGCAGCAGCAGUGUUUAGCUGCAGCCAUGUUCCUCCAGGCAGCAGCAGCAGCACCACUUAUCCAUGCAGCGAGGAGUCUCCCUUCCUUCCCCAAUUUUCUUCAGCACCGUGCAUCUCCUCACCAGUGCCAAGUGUUUCCUCCCUCCCAGCCUAUGGGUUGCCUUAUUUGACUGGUGGUUUGUCACCCAACAAAACAGAAGUGGCCUUCACAACGUCCCUGAGUCCCCACCGCAAUGUGAGAACGCACAGCUUCCACCAAGGACAGGCCUUUGUGCGCAGGGAUGACGAUGGGGGGUGGAGAUUCACCUGGGUGCCCAAGCAGGCUGAAUGAUGCACCUGAUCAAGGGUCAGCCAUAGAGGAUGUAGGAGUCACACUUCUUCUUCUGCAUCAGAUAGGUUCAGGCAGAAAAAAGGACCCCUUUUGGGCUUCUUUAAAUUCUACUCUGUCACUAACCCACUCCUCAUUCCCUCACAGAUUUUCACAGAUGUGACUCCGGAUUGCUCUUGGACAAUUUUCUGCCCCAGAUGUUCAAACUGGAUUCCUUUCUCUUGUGCCUGUGUUGAGAUACCUGCUUUUACUUGUUUCCUGGGGUUUUGUCAUCAGCUCUUCCUUGUUACUGGUAGUUUCCAGGCUGGAGGGCUUUCACCUUUAAUCAUCGCUUUCACAUGCACCAAACUGAAAAGCACUUUGGGAAUACACCUCUCUGGCUUUGGAAAUAGCACCUGUCUCACAGAUAUCCACAGAUAACAAAGGAGGCAUAUGUUGGAGGCUGAGGAUCAGCAGUUUCCCAGUGAUUUAUGUCUCUCUUGACUACACAGAUAGCCUUGGAUUUAACAAGCAUCCAUGGUUGCCUUAGGUGCUGCACAAAACUGACCUACAGCAGUUCCAUGGUGCUGUCACAUUCUUUGAUGAUGCCUCAAAAUAAAAACAGAAUUUACUUCUAA